AUGUCCAUGGGAGAUGACGACCGGGCGUACCAUCAUCAAAUGUCUGUGAUUGUAACCGCCGCAAACGCCAACCUUCCCGGCCACGGCAAGGGCCCUCUGGUGUCGGUCUCCUCGGAGCUGCUGACUAAAGAGUCUCAUCUCAUGUACGACUUUGAGCGCUACGUGGCUCGAAACCCGUCGCGCUUCAACCAAAAGGUUCUCGACAACCUCCGCAUUCACCACACAUACACCCGCUCGUCUCUGGACACUCUGGUGAACGAGUUUCUGGCAGAAAUCACCCCCGCAUGCGCCAACAGAGACGCCCCGUCCAUGCUGCCGUCCAAGAUGGGCUCGCUGCCCAACGACUCGCUGACGGGCUCGGUGCUCUCCAUCGACAUUGGAGGCAGCACUCUCCGUGGCUCCAUGGUCGAUCUGGAGAAGAUGACCGUCACGGACUCGGUCCAGCACCUCAUCCCCGACACGGUCAAGAACUACUCGGGCUCGGACUUUUUCGACUGGAUCGUCGAGCGAAUCAUGCCUCUGGUCAAGGACUGCACAGCCACCAUCAUCCCCAUCGGCCUGUCGUGGUCCUUCCCCAUCUUCCAGCCCCACAUCUCCUCAGGCCUGAUCCAGACCAUGGGCAAGGGCUACGGAGUGGCAGACGAAAUCAUCAACCAGGACCUCAAGGAAUUGUUCGAGACCCACUUUGCCUCUCACGGCAAGACCGUCGAGGUCGGCGCCAUUCUCAAUGAUUCGGUGGCGUCUCUGGUGGCAGCCAACUACAUUUCCAACGCUCCCCUGUGUCUCAUUCUCGGCACAGGCAUCAACGUGUCUGCCCUGAUCCCUAAAGACCAGCUCAAGAAGACCGAGCAGGACCAGGACAAGUACAUUGUCAACUGCGAGGCGUCUCUGUUUGGCCAGUGUGUGUCCAAGACGUGCUGGGACCUGGAGCUAGACCAGGCUCUGGAGCGCCCUGGAUUCCAGCCUCUCGAGUCUCUGUCUUCCGGACGAUACCUCGGCGAAAUAUGCAGACUGAUUCUGCGAGACUUGUCCAAGACGGGUUUCUUGAGCCGACCAGACGUCGGGCCCUACGAGCUGACAACCGCCGAAGUGGCUGAUUUGGAGACCGCCGACUCGGGAGAGCUGGACUACGUGCAGGACAUCAUUCUGGCCACCUCCGACCGGUCUGCCGCCCUGGCAUCGGCCUUCAUUACCGCCAUUUACAAGCUGACUGGUUCGGACUGCGAGUCGCCGUCCAUUGCCUACGACGGCACCAUGGUGCAGAAGUACCCCAACUUCCGUCCUCGAAUGCAGCAGCGACUUAGGGAGCAGGGCCUGAACGUGACAUUUGUGGCUGUGGAAGAGGGCACCGUGUAUGGCUCCGCCAUUGCAUGCGCCAGCCAGCUUUCACAGUAG